AUGUAUCUCCGCCUCUUGGUCACUGCCGGUCCGGAUGAGUUAUGGGCUGUCAUACGAGCAGAUACUGCCUACUUAUCUGCAUUGCGAGGGUCCUUAGAGUGGAUUUUCUCCUGGACACACCGGACAUGCACCUUGCAACAUCCGCUUGAUGACUGGCAGCAGUGGUGUGUUUUCAUGCGCGAGCAACCCGGGAGGUACAAGGGGCUUCUUUUGCGAGCCCAAGCCCUAGCGAACUGUAGGCAGCGUGUCAUUGCCGCACUCGACGGGCUCUAUCGGGCACUCCGCGCUCAGGCACCUGUGGCUGCACCGGAGUGCACUCAGGGAGGCACCAUGCCCGAAGCCUGUAUUCCGUGUGCUAAACUUUUCCCUUCGCGUGUUGCAUGGGCGGGUCACGCAGCGAGAGUUCAUGGAUACAGAUCUCGAGCAUUUCUCUUAGGUCGUUCCCCUCUGUGUCUGGCAUGUGGCCGGACCUAUGGAACGGUGGGCCGGCUGCGUCGUCAUCUGUUAUGCAGCGCACGAUGCAUCCCCAACUGGGGAUCCUUUUCACCUGCUGAAAACACAGGCGACCUCCUUGCUUGCAAUCACCCACAAAUGCCUCCUUUCUCAGUACCUGGCUCCUUUGCCACGCCGGAAACUUCUAUGAACCGUGAGGACUUCUCCUCUGUGCUCUUGACAGAGCUCAAUGCCCUGCCUGUGUGCGAUGAGUCUGUUGUGUGGGACACUGUGAUUGAGGUCAUAGAACCUCUCCAGACCCUCAGAACUACUGUCCAGCGCUGGGCUGACGAUCAUCCUGGAGUCGAGUGGAUCCAUCGUGCAGCCGACAAUGUUUUGUUGCUGCUGGAUCCGGAUUUGAUCGGUGAGCCGAGCAACACCUCCCGUGUGAAAGUCGAACGGCAAGCCUUUGCCAACGAUGCCUGCCCUACUUGGGCUUCGCUACCACCUUUCAACCUGCCGGCUUCCAAGGCUGGACCCGGCUUUGACUUGCAGUCCCCGCCACCUGUCAUCAUUUCACAUUUUGCUCCUACCAGUGUAAGCCUUCGUCUUGGGCUGGCGUACAGUACCUGGCUGGAGCAGGCGUGCUCGAUCUUGGCCCAAGGCUUUGAGCUUGCCAUUCAAGAGGGUUGUGGAUUUCAGGUGCACUGUGAAGGCCUUGCACUAGGACUCGGACCGGCCAAAGACUGGCUGGUAGCCGCAGGCUUCACGUUUUGCAAGUCAGGACUUCGGUCGUCUUUUCCCGUUUCACUUGAAUUCAAUUGCUAG